AUGGAGUCCGCUCCCAAUAUGGACGAUCUUCUGGAUGAGAUCGAAGAUAGCAUAACCACAACUAGUUAUUCAAAUCAUGUUGUAAAUAUUGUAAAGCCAAAUUUGAUAAAUACUAAUAUAAUUGAAUCCUGUAAUUAUAGUGCUCCUACUGAGAAUAUGUCAGCUGAACAAACAGAAGACGAUGAAAUAUCACCCGAUGAUAUUGUCAUCGAUGAGAUAGCUGAUAAUGUAAAUACGAUUGAACUUGGAGAGGAUGUAGCUGAUUGUGAGAAUAAUAUUAACAUUGAAGUGCCUUUAAAUCAUUCCAAUACUGAUGCGAACUGUCAAAGUGCUUCCAGUGAUUACCAAAAUACAUUACUCUACUUAGACAGCUUCCCAAGUGCUGAAUCAGAUCAGAUCAAAGGAGUUGAAAUCGCUUCGGAACUUUCAGUCGAAACUCUACCCACUACUGAUGUCAUUGGUAAUGACGAAGAGAAGGGUAAAUCUAAUUUAUCGGAGAUGAGUGCAGAGGAUAUAAAUGAAAAUGACGAAAGCACGGCCUCUCCAAUCCCUUGCACCAGUUCUGAACUACAUGAAGAAGUUGACCGUUCAAUAUCUCCUGAGGAUAAUGAGAAGGAAGAUGAAAUUUCGGAUGAAGAAAUGGAGGAGGAUAUCCCUUUGAGUCAAGACACUGUAGAGUUGGCAGCUGACAUUGUGGCAGAGAACCUCCUCGACGAUGUCAGUGAUGAGGUAGAGGAUGCUGUUCUCGAUCAUUACAUUAGUCAGAACACAUUUGAAACUUCUGAGAAUUAUGAAUCAUCUUGUAUAAGCCAUGAUUCCCAGGGUCUCACUACGAUCAUGGCGGAGGAAUGUGUUGAAAUCGAAGAAAUGCAGAAUGGUCAAGAGGUCGAUAUUGCAAAAUGUGAUGAAUCAAGAAUCGAAGUUGCUGAUAUCGAUGAGGCUCAAUCGGCAGAACACAAUAUGAUGGAUGCUGAGGAGUUCCUGAGUGAUACUAAUACUCCCGAUGACCAACAAGAAAGCACAUCUGGAUUGAAUGACUCAUUAGCAACUUUCCACGAUUUGGGAGAGAACUCAAGUUCAGUGCGUUUGACAGAAAGCGAGUUGAUGCUCGGAAAGUCGAAGCCUUAUUGGAUUCCCGACUCAGAUUGUGCCUCUUGCAUGCUGUGUGAUUUGAAGUUUUCUUUCCUAUUGAGAAGACAUCAUUGCAGAGCCUGUGGUAGAGUACUUUGCGCUGCGUGUUGUAGUGGAAAAGCAAUGCUUCAGUACAUGGCCGAUGAUCCAAAGCAGGGACCUGCAAGAGUGUGCACGCCAUGUUCUUCUAUGUUGGCCAAAAUAGAGGAUUAUGAAGAUAGGCUUCAAGAUGAGAGGAACGACGAAGCAGUCAGAGUGAAAGGAGUUUUGAAAACUAGGACGGCGUCUACUGCUACUGUGGAUGGCACCGAGCAACCAUGGGAUGUCCCUGAACCAUCUAGCUCUUCGAACUCACAGAGACGAAGUGUUAUGUUCAGAGAUGGCACCAAACCCGGCUCAGCUACGCAAGAAAAUGGCGAGGAGGAGAGAAGUACAGCAAUUAAGCCUAAAAAGAAAACACGCAAAAGGCCAUCCGUACAGAGACGAAUCAUGGAACUCAAGCUAGAGGAUCAACUUCAAAGUUUACUGCCAACACCCGAGAAUUUGAAAUUCAUGAUUGUUGGGCCAGCUGGAGACGCACAGAACAUUGACGUUAGCAGAGCUGAAGAAAUUCUAAAAGAAUCUAAAAAUAUAAGAGUGUAUAUAAAGAAAAAUUUGUUGGCUCAUGUGCAAAUAACAGAAGUUGAUAAUCGAAGUGUAUGGGCGAUCAUCUCGAAUGGGUUUUCUGUGAUUGGACAGAACGAGGUUGUUUUCUGCUGGGAAAGAGGAGAUAAUGAAUUCUGUGUCCCUGUUAAUGUCUUGGAGAGAAUAGCCCAGGUAUUCGUAUCAUCCUGUGAAGUUCACAGUGAUGGCGUGCAAUGUGUCGAAGAACGUUUUCCUGGUCUUCACUCUUCAACAGACUUUUCAUUUCCGCUUACACGGCACAUUCUCUUCUUCGAGCCUACUACUCAGGACUUGAAGUUCCUGAAUAUUCCAAACGCUGAGGGAAUUCGAAUUGCCUGCUUCGUACACGAUGAUGAGUUUCCAUGGGUACUCGCAUGUCCUAACAGAGUGCUGCUUCGAUUAGGAUUGAAACAGAGUUGUUAUCCAAUACCAAUUGUAAACAUUCCCAACAGGGACGCCGUUUAUACUUCCGAAACCAAUCGCACAGCCUUAAAGGUGUUUACCGAUUUCCGCAAAUGGUCUUACCGUAUGAAGAGGGUAGUGGGUAGUACAGUGUCAUUACACAUUGUUGGCAAUCACACUGUUGUUAAAGUUCCAUAUCGUUCCAAGGGCAUUAUUAACUCAAUACUGUCUUGGAAUCGUUCAAUCUUAGCUUGGAAGUGCGACAUAAACGUUCAUGCUGAUAGUCAUUUGGUAUGUGAAGAAACAACCGACGGCUUCUAUGAGACGCAAGUUCUGUCAAAGGACAGUAGCAGAGAAGUGACUGGAGCAUCGUUUGUGAUAUUCAACGGAUCUUUGAAAUCUAGCGGGCAAUUACAGCUAUCAGUCAUUGAAGACGGAAUAGCCAUUAUGAUGCAACCAGAGAAGUUCUUGGCUUUUCAAGAAAGCUUAACAAGUGCUGAGUUUGGCGAUUUCACUGUCGAAGAUCCAAAUGGCGGAAAAUUUUCGUUCAUUUGGGUAGACGAUGAUGAAAACAUCUCUGAAUAUUCUCCCAAGUCUCUCAUAAGUGACAAGUAUAUUGGGGGAUACUAUCAAUACGGUUUAUCCUUGGAACGUGCUUUUUCUUCCGUGCUUCAUGCAACGGAUAAAGGACACUUCGGAGUUAUCCUGUCUCAAGUUUUGAAUCGUAAAAGCGGUCGUUUGGAGCCAGAGGAAGAACCAAGGUUCUUCAGUGUCGCAGAAAUUAUUGCCCGCGAAUGUAGUUUUCACUUGGAUACGUUCAUACCUUUGUUGAGAAACAUGGAUUUAAACAAAAUCGCCGUUCGGGUGUAUGCAACAGCUGAUUUGGUAGAGUAUGAGGUCUCCCCGUGGCCAGGCCUUGAGGAAGAACAUGCGAAGUACAAAGAGAAUAUCUAUCAGAUAAUUCCAACGCUAUACUCAAUUAUCGAGCAUUUCCGAGCUGGAUUUCAUUUGGAAAUUACUUUGAGUUUGAUUGUGCUCAACUUCUCGGAAGCAUAA